AUGAACGGGCUGGUGCGGGCGCUGCACCGGGCGGCGGCCCUCGGGCGGGCCGGGCGGCUGCCGGCGGGCGGCGGCGGCGCCGGGGCGCGGCCCUGGGGCUGGGGGCUGGCGCUGGGGCUGGCGCUGGGAGUGCAGGCGGGCUGCGAGGCGGACGUGCGGUCGGAGGCGCCGCCGCCGGCCCCUCACGGCUUUGGCGGGGCCAUCGAGAGGAGCCGGGACCUGCUGCGCAGGGUCAAGGAUGAAGCAGGAAUCCCAGGUAUACUGGUUGGAGUUUCUGUAGAUGGAAAGGAAAUCUGGUCAGAAGGUUUGGGUUAUGCUGAUGUAGAGAAUCGUGUAAUAUGUAAACCAGAGACAAUCAUGCGAAUUGCUAGUAUUAGCAAGUGUCUUACCAUGAUGGCUGUUGCUAAAUUGUGGGAAGAGGGAAAACUGGAUUUAGAUGCUCCAGUACAGAAAUAUGUCCCUGAAUUUCCAGAAAAAAUCUAUGAGGGUGAAAAGGUUGUUAUUACUACAAGACUGUUAGUUUCACACUUGAGUGGCAUUCGUCACUAUGAAAAAGAUAUUACAAAAGUAAAGGAAGAGAAGGAAAAGGCAAAUAGGACACUUAAACUAACAAAACCUAACCAGGAGAAGGAAUUAAAAGGAAAAGAAGAUAAAGGCACGGAAAAGGUGGAUUCUGUCAAGACUAAGAAAGAACACGAAGAUGAGGAAAAAAGCCGAAAUUCAAAACCUGGCAGGAGAGGAAAGGAGUUUGAACAAGAAGAGUAUUAUUUGAAGGAAAAAUUUGAAAGUGUGAUUGAAUCACUGAAGAUAUUUAAAAAUGAUCCUUUAUUCUUUAAACCAGGUAGUCACUUCUUGUAUUCAACGUAUGGCUUUACCCUCUUAAGUGCUGUUGUGGAGAGAGUUUCAGGACAAAAAUUUACAGAUUAUAUGCUAAAAAUGUUUCAGGACCUGGAUAUGCUGUCAACUGUGCUGGAUGACAAUGAAGCAAUAAUAUAUAACAGAGCAAGGUGUUAUGUUUACAACAAAAAGGGACGGCUGGUAAACGCACCGUAUGUGGACAACUCUUACAAGUGGGCUGGUGGUGGCUUUCUGUCAUCAGUAGGUGACCUUCUGAAAUUUGGAAAUGCCUUGUUAUACAGUUAUCAAGUUGGACGAUUUAAAAACAGUAAUGGCAAACUUCUUCCUGGGUACCUCAAACCAGACACAGUCGCAAUGAUGUGGACCCCAGUGCCAAACACUGAAGUAUCAUGGGACAGGGAUGGUAAAUAUGCCAUGGCUUGGGCUGUAGUGGAGAAGAAACAACAAUGUGGCUUUUGUAGACAGCAGAGACAUUAUGCUUCCCAUACAGGUGGUGCAGUGGGGGCGAGUAGUGUCCUCCUCAUUCUUCCUGAAGAGCUGGACUCGGAAGUCAUAGAUAAUGGGCUAGUGGCACCACCUAGAGGAGUAAUUGUUACUGUUAUCUGUAAUAUGCAAUCAGUUUCCCUCAACAGCACUGCCUUGAAGAUUGCAAGGGAAUUUGAUAAAGAAAAAUGGAUGAGAUACAUAGAUUAAAAAAACAGACGUAGAUAACCAAACUACUGUACUGAAACAUGGGAAAAACCAUAAAUGGAGAGGGGGACAACUGAAGUCAGAGAUUGCUGAGAAUACAUGAGAAAGUAUCAAAAGUUCAACUAAUUAACUUCUGUUAGUGGUGCUACAUUUUCAUGCAACUGAAUUCAUCUCUCAGGGAAGUUCCUAGCUUAUAGAAGAGAAUGUAAAAGUUGAAUUUGACUUCCUGUGUUACCCGUAUAAAUCAUCAUUUAUAUUAGCAGGUCUCCCCCCCCCCAUCCAGUUAUGCACUUCACAAAGAUUUAGGAAGUAGUGUGGGUUUCUUGUACUGGGAAAUUCAGCAACAAAUUAUGUAACUUAAAUGUUAAAUUUGUGCAAAAAUUUUCACAUCUUGAUUUGAGUUCCCAAACACUUAUUUUUUUCACAAUUCAGGUCUGCCAAAACUUUUCAGUGUUAUUUAAAAGUUUUAGUAUUGAUUUUAGAUUUUUACAGAGGCUUUUUUAUUUGUUUAAAAAGCAAAAAACAAAUGCUGAAGCUACCUCCGGAAUACAGAUUUAUACCAGAAGUACAUUUUAAUCAAAGAUGUGAAUUAUUGAAGAAUUAAAAAAAGAUUGAAGCUAGAGUAAUGUGAGUAAAAAUAUUUUCAUUAUAUAGCUGUCUUCCAUUUUGAUUGGGCACAGAGAAUAUGUGAAACCUUUUUACUGUGAAAUAAGGGUAUUAUUUUACAGUUGAAUAUGCCAGAAUAGCACAACAUGGUAAACCAUUAAACUCUUAUUGUUAGCUUUCCCUACAGGAUAAAUCAGCCACAGUGUGCAUGUGCAACUUAGCACUGGUAGUAGAGGUGGUAGUUAAUAGCCAGGAAUAGCACUGUAUUCUGGUUUGUAGAUAGACCUUUAGAUAAAAAAAAAAAGUUCUGAUAAAAUUUAAAGGCCAUUCUUGAAGCCAGUAGUGAGGUUUUACAGAUGAAGAGGAUUGUGGUUUUUUGCUUUUAACCUCCAAAACCAUCCUUUUUCUCAUUCUGGAGAUCUGCCUUAAGGAGUUAUGUUUGCACAAGGUGAGCAAGAAAUUAUUGUGACAGGUUCCCAAAGAAGCUGUAUGUAAGCUUCAUUCCUAUUACAGGAGUAUAAUGACAACUCAGUAUUAUGAGUUUUAUAUAUUCCAUAAUGGCAUCUCCUUUUUCUCAAGGGCAGCAAAAAGCCAUUUACUGCUCGGUCAUCCCUUUACUGAUCUGUUUUCCCCAGUCCACUUUUGUUCAAAAUGGAUUUUAAGUAUCUCAAUAUAGGAAACAAUAUGCCCUUGUGGAGGGGCAUGUUAUUUUACUGUCCUCGUGCCCUAAUUGAAAAGGGUUCCAACUACUACCUUUUCUUGGCGUGAGACAACUUCAGAAUACCUAUCAUAGCUCUUGAGAACCUCUGUACUGUUCCUAACGCAGAAAAUAAUAAAAUUUCUGUCCCAUAUUUUUUUUCCUUUUUUAAAUUGGUAGCAAUUUCUUAUACAAGCUGUAUCACUGUCUUUGCAAUUUCUUACAUGUUUAGAGCGGGGCAGCUCAGACAGAACUGUUUUAGUGUGUUCUCCAGUGGCAACUACUUAAGUUAUGCCUUUCACAUGUACCUUAGGGUUAAGUUAGUCAUCAGGAGAUCUUUGAUACUGUCUUCAGGAGAAUUCCCACGUUUCUUGUACAGUGCUUAGCAUGAUGUCAGUCCCAAAACAGCUAGGAAAUAUUUGUGUGUGUAACUUUUUUCCUACUGUGGUUUUCAAUUAAAUGAGAAGAUGGUACAAAUUUAGCAUGGUAAAUACUUGAGACUGUAGGAAUACUGUAUAGUGUAGGAGUUACCAGUUCCAGUUACCAGUGUUCCAGUCUGUAUACUAAUUCUUGCGAGAUCUAUCUAGCAGGUGUAAACUUAGAGGUAGUCAGAGUGGAGAUAAUGCUCUGAUGAAAGAUAGUUUGUUGUCUUCCUUCUGCAAGUUCUAAUCAGUGUAAUAGGGUUGGAUUUUAGAAAACAGAAAAGUUAGGUGUUUCUUCUUGAUUCACUAGUUCUUAAACAGUUUGCUGCUUUAAUGGAUUUGAUUGUUGUUUUUGCGGAGUGUCUUUUCAGUACCACUGCUGUUAGCCACUAACUUGUACUACAUCCAGACCUUUGGUUUAACAUGCAGCUGCCGUUAGCUACUAUUAGUAGAUUGCAUCUCACGUUUUCUGUCCACAGUGCUAGUAUGUUUGAUCCUUUGCAGAGCUGGUGCAGAGCCUUGCUUUGCGUGUUUCACCAACAGUUUCUUCACAAGACUGCAAGGAGGUGUUUUUUUUAAACAGACUCCUCUUCCCCUGCGGUUAGAUCAGAUGCUUCUUUCUAGCCUGAGACAACACAAAAUAUCCUUUAGAAAAGAUGUGAAUGCUAUGUCCCAGCAUUGUUUAGCAGCUGUGCUUCUCUGAACCUGGGCAGAAAGAUGGUUCAGGUGGUCUCAGAUGGUACAGCUGAGAGAAGAUAGCCUUACCUGCCUCUUCUGCAAGCUACUGCUGAUAGUGUUAAGUUCAUAAUUGAUACCUGCUCUGUGGUAAAAUAAUAUGCUGUCAGUUCUGUUCCCAGUAUGCCUAUAAUUGCAGUUAUUAAGACUGACAAACGAGGAAAUGAACUAUUAUGAGGUGUCAGUAUUUUGUUUUGAUUUUUUUUAAUUCAAGAUGGUACGACUGUUUCAGCACUUUUCAUAAUUACACAUAAUCAUUCCUGUGCCUUAAAGCUGUAAAAAACUUACUUGCAUUUAUACUUUUUGCUUGGGUUUUCUGGCCCACCAAAAUUUCACUUUUUUAAUUCAUUAAUAAUGAGUUGUCUUAAUAGCUCAAAAGUAUCAAACUAGUAGAGAGAACAGAGGCAUGAAAACCUUUCUGAACAAAAUGUUCAUUUGGUCAAGCAAUAAAUUCAUCUAAUUUUUCUUUUAAAUCUUUAGUAAUAGUUGACAGUUCCAAUACAGAGGUACUGGAGAUCAGCAUCUUCUACAAUGGCAACAUGUUUUCAGUCUUGAGCACUUAGUAACUGGUAAGCAUGCAACAGCAGAAGUCACUGCUCAUUUUAGACAAGGAACAAGUAAUUUGUUCAGUUGUUUUCAUGUUGAAGGAUACGUUAACAGAAAUUGACCAAAUACAAUGUUUUAAAUACAGAAACUCUGAAAACUAACAUUGGUACUAUAAGAUUUAUAGCCUUUCUUGUGUGAUAUUUUUAUUUUGCAAGUGACUUUUGAUUGUUCUUGAAAAACAUUCUGCAUAUGUUACAAAAACAAGUCUCAGUGACUGUUGUGUCUAGGUUUAGAUAAAGAUUCAGCAUGUAAGUUUGCCAGUAUGCUUGUCUACACUUGAUCAAAUAUGCAUCAUGAAUGAAUAUUUGACGUAUGUAUGAGCAAAUAAUGGCCAGAAGUAGCUAAGACAUUUCUAACACUAAGCUAUUAACAAUGGUAUCUAACUCAAGAAGCAGAACAGUUAGCGAUUAACUUUAUAUGCAGAGACAACGUUCUUUAUACUGUAUCUCUGGUAACUUAAGGCUCUUUUUUUAAGAAAAAAAACACAACAGUGUUUGAAUGUCACUAGCCUAUUGUCAUGUGUACAGUAUUGGACACAUUAUAAUUUUUACAUUUCACCUUCUAGCACCUGUAGCAAAAUGGGUCACUGACUUCCUUUUGAUUUGGUAAUUCUUUACUUAAUCAUGAAUUUUAUGUUCUCGUCUGUUGGCGGGGGGGGGGGAAGAAAAGCACUGAUAUGGGAGUGUAGGAAUCAGUUUUAGCACAUGUAUUCAGGUCACACACAGAUGAAUUAAUAUUGCUACUCUGAUCUCUAUUCUGAAACCAGUUAUUUGAUGGACUGGUAUUAAGUGUGGGCAACUGUAUGGUCACUCAAAAGCAACCUGAGUGAUAAACAUGCUCUUAAAUUAACCUUUAUUGUGAAAGCACAGUAUGGCACUGACCUAAAACUACUUUCCUUAAAGGCAUGUAUACUAAAUUAGUGUAUCUGUUUCUCUACCAAACACCUGCUUUGCAUCUGAUAAUUAUCAGUGUUCACUGAAUGAAUUAACUGAAAUAAAACAUAUCUUGUGAAUGCACUGAAUUAUAUCAUCAGGGUUUUUUUAUUGACUAGACACAAAUUUGCUAUCAUUAAAAAACAAAUACAAGUUAAAUAAAUUUCAACAACAAUCAGCUCACCAGGUCAGCUGGUAUUUUGAAAGAGAUGUUGUUGACAUGCAACUGAAUAUUUAGUAAAAUAAGAUGCAUAUAAGAUUACAUUGUUUGAAUGGUUUAUCAUGGUUAAA